UUUCCCUUUGUAAUUGCGAGCGCCCAAAAGAACCCCCAUCCUCCUCCGGAAAAGCGGCAAAGCACACACACACACCCAAACACCACCCCGCACAAAAGCCGUCGGAAAUGGGGAAGAAGCCAGGCAAGGCCAUAAACCCCGCCGACGCUCACCGCAAGGCGCAGCGGAAGAAGGAGUUGAAGAAGAAUAAAGAAGAUCGGAAGAAGGUCCGUCUCUAUGCUACGGCGCAAAAGGAUACCAAGAAGAUCUUCGAGGAGUUGCAGGCGUUGCAACGUGCAGAACGCCUCGACCAAACCCAACACCGCAAAAAACAACAGCUCGCCGAGAAGUUAAAGAAGAUCAACGAGUCCCGCAAAGAGCUCGGUCUCGCCCCCAUCGACCCCAACGCACCACCGGUAUCGCAGCCGAAACCAAAAGUCGAUGAUGUGGAGAUGAAAUGGUAUCACCCGACGUUUAAUCCGCAUGGACCGAAGAAACCGGCGGGGUGGAAGGAGGAGAGUAGUAGUGGGAGUGGGAGUGAGAGUAGUGAGGAGAGUGAGGAGGAGAGUAGUGAGGAGGGGGGGAGUGAGGCUGAAGACGCACCAACGCCAAAACGAGAGCGCGAUGACGCAUCACCAUCAAAAACGGACGCAGAGCCAGCCCUGAAAUUCUCCGAUCUGGCCUAUAUACCCCUCCCCUCCUCGCCAGCCGGGAAGAAUGCCGAGGCGCAGAUCUACCAUACGCUGGAGCUUCCGGAGAUCCGGAAUAAGGCUGAUUAUAUGCCGACGGAGGCUGGUGGUGGUGCGCAGAAUGCGGUGAGACCGCCGUUACCGCAGCAUCCGGUGAUGAUGCCCCCACCGCAUAUGCAGCAGGGGUUUGGAGCGUACCCGCCGCCGCCGCCACCGUUCAGGCCUGGGAUGCCGAUGCCAUCCCACUUCGCCCCACCCCACCCCUUUCCCCCACCCUUCCCACACAACCUACCCCCCGGGCCCCCACCAGGGGGUCCACCACCCUUCCGCCCACCCUUCCCCUACGGCAUGGCCCCACCACCCCACUUUGCCCGCCCACCACCACCACCACCGUUCGGCUUCCAAGGCAGACCCAUGCCGCCAUACCCAUACCCGAUGCCGCCACCGCAGUUCGGUGCACCGCCACCACAUCUCUCAGCGCCGCCUGCUCCCCCGUCUCAUGAAGCUGGACACCCAUCACCAACACAACAACCCCAACCCCAACAACCGAAAGUCAUAGCAGCAGCACCCAAACUCCGCGACCUGCACGCCGAAUCCGUGAAACUAGUGCCUACAGCCCUCCGUCGCAAAAAACCCGCUCCAAGCUCAAAGGCACGACUUGCCGCCACCCCGGGGUCAGCUACCUCACAAUCACAAUCACAACAACCGUCGGUGAUACAGCCGAGCGCGGUCAAGAAACCCCGCGUGAACGCCGCGCCGGACGUCGAGAACCCCGAUACCAUGUCCGGGAUCAGCUACACCGCGUUCCCGACCCCAGCCACGACUGUGGGCACGGGGAAGGUGCUGCCGACCUUGCAGGCUGUGACGGCGGCGAAGAAGAAGGACGGGGGUGAGAAGACGAAGGGCAAGACGGCGAAUGAUGAGUAUGAGGAGUUUAUGCGGAGCAUGGAGGAUUUGUUGUGAGCGGGGAGACGGGAGGGUGGGAGAGGCAGUGUAGGACCCAUAUCGAUGCGCGUAGGGUAGGCGUAGUAUCUUGUAGCGAGUAUGGGUGGUAUCAUGUUUGGGCCUAUUGGGCGUCCCCUCAAAGCUGCAUU